GGCAUUCACACGUUCGAUCCUCUUUUAAUAAACAUACAUACAAAAACGUAUAUGGAAGAAAAAAUAUAUAAUUGUUCCUUUCGAAAAAUCUACUAGGAAAUAUCCGGCGAUAAUUGAAGUUCCUGGUAAAUUUGUUUAACUGUCGCUAUUCCAGAUAUCUUAGGAUACGUUUGUAAUUGUUACCAUAACGUAGCUUAUUUGUUUAUCGAUAUUAGGAGUGAGUAGUAUUCUCUGUACAACGAAUGUCAGAAAAUGAACUACUAUAACAAGCAAUCUGGUGCCCAUUUCUUCCUGUUAAUUCGUCUGAAAAGUACUUUGGGAUGGUAGUGGAGGUGGAGAACUUCUUCGGUGUGUACAUGUUGUACUGCACUAAUCCCAAAUUCAAGGGUCGCAUUUACAUCGGCUUCACGGUGAACCCAGAACGCCGGAUAGGGCAGCAUAAUGCUGGCCGACAUAGGGGUGGAGCGAAGAGGACCAGUGGAAGAGGACCAUGGGAAAUGGUUCUCAUCAUUCACGGCUUUCCAUCGGACAUUGCAGCUUUGAGGUUUGAGUGGGCAUGGCAGCACCCCCACUCCUCCCGGCGCUUGACCCAUGUGGCUCGAAGGACACGGCGUGAGUCCAGCCUCCAGUUCCAUUGGCGCGUGGUGUCACAUAUGCUACGGGUGGCGCCGUGGAACCGCCUGCCACUCACUGCUCGCUGGUUAAGACAGGAGUACCAGCUGGAUUUUGACCCCAGCCUCCACCCCCCUCUGCACAUCCCUGUGGCCUUUGGUAGCGUGCGAGCCAAGAAGCAGUUACAGAAAGUCCCUGGAGAGGACCAGCUGGAGGAACAAAGACUGGAGACCUGUCUACUGUGUCUGGAGACUGUGAAUUCCGUAGACAGGAUGUCCUGUUUACAUCCCUCCUGUCAAAUGACUAGUCACAUGAUUUGCUUAGCCAAGCACUUUCUGAAGUCUGAGCCCACCCAUCUACUUCCUGUGGAAGGGGAAUGUCCUGGCUGUCGUCAUUCUGUGCUGUGGGGUAGUCUGAUUCGUCAGAAGAAAGGCUGCUAUGGCGACUUGGAAGAAAUUACAGCAUCAUCAGCAUCUCAGAGCCACUGGGCAGAUGAACUGCAGGUCUGAAGAGAACCUGUUCUGACACAACCAGUGCCAACAAAAUCCUGCACAGAAUCACCAGAGAUCAUCUGCAGCAAUUCAUUUAGUUCAACUUUUUGAGACACCUUUUAAAAGCAAGAAUCUGUGCCACGGCUGAUGGAUGCAGACCCUCUCAUUGUAUAGAUUGUACAUAUAGCGCAUGGCAAUUGUUUGCGAGAAUUGGACAGACCAUUUCUCAGGUGUAUUCUUAACAUCAUUUAGACAUUCAUAUUUAGAUGUGUUUAUGUCAAUGAUGGGUGAAAUCGAAUUCAGACAAAAAUUAAGUGAUUUUUAUUGUUUUGUCAGAGGACAUUAAGUAGUGAGACUCAAUUUUUGUAAGAUGUUUUUAAUGCACAUACCCUUUUAACAAGUUUAGAAAUUCCUUUUUUUAUUUUUAUUUUGAAAAUGCUAACUGAAGGUAUUUGGGUCGGUGUUACCGUCCUAGCAAACUAAUGUUAGUUAGGAUGGUGUUACCAGGACCACUGUAAAAUAUCAUGCAUUUAAAAAAGAAUAAAAUAGUACAAUAAUAAUACAAAAUAAUUUGGUUUUAAUUAUAGCCUCAAGCAUGAGGUCAGUACAGUAAAUCAGGACUGCUCUUUGUAUGCAUUCAGUAUCCUUUUGACCUUCUAGGAUUACCGUUGUUCAACUGUACCCUUUUAGUAUCAAUGAUAGGUUGCUGUUGCCAGUGUUGCCAAUUACCAUAUUUGUUUCCAAAACUGGUAACUGCUGGGGCUGACCUGGAGAAAGGCUUUGCUGAGUGUGUAUUUUUGCAUGUAUUAGGGGUGUCCAGUCUUAUCCGAAAAGGCUGAUGUGGGUGCUGUUGGUUUUUGUUUUUGCUCAGCACUACACCACCUAAUUCAACUAUUUAAUUAAUAACUAAGUGUCUGAGUGCUAGAUAGUGCACUGUCUGUGGGACAGUGACACGGGUUUGGCUCUGUAUUCAAGCACAUUGAAUUAGAACAGUGAAUAUGUACAGAUGGUCACAGUGCUUUUUUGUUUUCUCCCAAUUUGUUAGCCAGUUGUACCCUAUCUAUUCCAAUCACCCAUGUUGCUGUGGCAGCCCAGGAGGAUCAGGAUAUUACAUUACAUUAUUGGCAUUUGGCAGGCGCUCUUGUCCAAAGCGACAUGCAGUUGAUUAGACUAAGCAGGAGACAAUCCUCCCCUGGAGCAAUGCAGGGUUAAGGGCCUUGCUCAAGGGCCCGAUGGCUGUGCGGAUCUUAUUGUAGCUACGCCGGGGAUCAAACCACCUUGCAGGUGCCAGUCAUGUACCUUAACCACUACGCUACCGGCCACUCCGAGGCGAGUGCGAUCAGGGCUCUACUGUAUAUGGUGAUCCUACAGCCCCUGCCGAGUCCCUCCCCUCACCCUCGGAGUGGCGAGCCAAUUGUGCCUCUCCACGUGUGCCGGCCAACCUUGGCUUCAGCAGGCCCAGUGAUCGACCCCGGCCAUCGGUGUGCAACUGCAACCAACUGAUGCCUGCAGGGUGGCUUUAGCUGUGCGCCACCACGGCACUGAGUUUUGAAUUAUGAACUACUAUAAGAACUCCCAUAGGAAUUCCUGCAAGAUAAGUAAGAAGAACCUUAUCAGUCUAAAAUGCCAUCUGGUCCAACAGCCUCAAAGAUAUAAAUAACUGCAGGUAUGAAGUAGGGAGCAAAGUUGGUCAGAAGUAGAGAACAAUGCCAGCAGGUAAUAAAAUAUUUUACCAGCAAGUGCUUUGAACACCAUACACCCAAAAGUUGACAAACAGGAAUCAAGUUUUCCGAAAUAUUUUUUGAAAAAUAAAAAAUACUCGGGAGCCAUUCCAUGUGAAAACAGCCUUUUUUGGAAAUCCUCCUAUAUCAUAGUCUCUGAUUUUCUUAUUCUUAUUGAUUUUCUUUUUAUGAAUUAUGAAUGCAAGCUGUUUUUUUCUUUUCCUGUGAAUUCUACUACUGUGAGUUCUGAGUUAUGCCUGUAUAUUGCAAAACAUAAUAGCAUAAAAUACAUUUGCGAAUUAGCAUUUCAUUUUAUAGCAUUUCAGCAGCCUGUAAAUCCUGUUCUAAUCAAGUUAUCGUCACCAAAUUUCUGAAGAAAAACCUGAAGAAAUAUGCCCAAAAAUAGAUAUUUUUUGCUGUUCUGA